AGACUCUGCUCCACUUCAAAUCCCUUUGUUUAUUAUUUUCUCGCCGAGAGAUUGAGGAUCCAUCUCCGUGACAAGUGACCCUCCAUUCUCCUCUCUUUAUUUUGCCUUUUCCGGAGCGAGAAAAAGAAACCGGAGUGAACAGAAUCGUGUGUGGGCUCCCCCUUCUGCCUUUUGUUUUUAUUUCCCCCUCUCGAUUCCAUUCCUCAUGUUUGAUUUUUGAAACGUUCUUCUUCCUUCCCAUUCUCACAAGUCUCUCUCAACCCCACAGCCAAACCAUUACUCUCUCUCCCCCCCCCCCUCCCUUCUGUAGUACUCAUCCACCACCGCAUAUGGAUGAAGGAGAGAGGGAAUAUGCAAUGCAAUUGUAUCGGGUACCCUUUUGAUUAUUGUAUCCUGCUCUCAUCUGACUCAAGAUCACAUCAUUUUCUGUUUUUUUCUCUCCCACCAGAAAGAACCCCCUCUGGGGUUUUAAAGUUGAGUCCUUUCGGUUUCCUAACGCUUUUGUCUCUUGUUCUGCCUUCCUUGGUUCCCUGCCUCCAUGAGUUCACGAAUCUUCAACAAUGGGGGCGACGGUUUCGGUAGGGAUGUCAAUCUCUUACCUCCGGUUCCUUCUCAUGUUUCCCCUCUUCUAGUUCGAACUCCCCAACUUUCUCUGUCAACCACUUUUGGUCAGACUGGUGGCGAGAUUGGUUUUCAGAUUCUGAGCCUCCUUCAGGGGAACAGGGCAACAAUGGGAGGAGGCGGUGAAGCUGUUGAACCUCUCGAGGCUCAAAACGUGAGCUUGCCUUUCAAACUCGGCGAGCAAGACAUAGAAGCCAAGAGCUCUUCUGGGUUGAGAAACGGACACGCAAAGCUCUGUGCUAGAGGCCACUGGAGGCCAGCUGAAGACGCCCGACUCAAAGAUCUCGUAGCUCAGUACGGUCCUCAAAACUGGAACUUGAUCGCCGAUCAUCUCGAAGGAAGAUCAGGUAAAAGUUGCAGACUGAGGUGGUUCAACCAGCUUGAUCCUAGAAUUAACAGGAGGCCGUUCUCCGAGGAAGAAGAGAUGAGACUGUUGUCUGCUCAUAGAAUGUACGGGAACAAAUGGGCCAUGAUUGCCAAGCUGUUUCCGGGGAGGACAGAUAAUGCAGUGAAGAACCACUGGCACGUGAUAAUGGCCAGGAAGCAUAGAGAGCAAUCAAGCGGUGGCAGGAGGAGGAGAUCUUGUUCUGAAAUCAUUCGUCCAAAGCCUUUAAAUUUGACUCUCUCAAAUAAUGCAGUGAGCGAAUCCACCAACUCCGGCAACCUCUUGGAUGAAUCCGCCUCAUCCUCCACCGAUCUCUCCCUCAGUCCUACAUUUUUUCCUAACCCGAGUUCCCAAGGCCAGGGAUCGCUAACAAUGGGCCUUUGUCAUGAGAUGAAGUUGAAGACAACUGGGGACGUGGAAUUCGACAAGUAUUUUGCGGGUUGGAAGGGAUGGAGCGAGGGAGGAGGACAAAUGGGGAAGAAGCUGAUGGGAGCGGUGGACCUAUCAAAUUCAGAGUCGAACUCAGAAAUCUCAGCAUCUGGGUCAGUGCCCACCAUUUCUGGGGAAAGCGAGAACGUGGGUGAUAACAUGAACAUGGCAUUCAUCGAUUUCCUUGGGGUAGGAGCUGUAUGAUGGGAAUGGCCUGAAGAGAGAGUGGGUGGGUGUUGUGUGUCAGGAGCAACACCAUUGGGGGUCGCUAAUACAGUAGUAGUUGCAGAGAAAUCAGGGGUGCAGCAGAAGUAGGUCCUAGACGCACUCCAUUCUGUACAGUUAGUUUCGCAAAAAGGUAAAAGGGCACAUAAAAGUAAAAACGAACUCAUUAGAGGGAAGCUUGAAAAAAGAAAAGCGAGAGGGUAGCUUGAAAAUAUAAUAAUAAUAGUUAUAAUAGGAACCAAUUUCAUGGCGUUGGACGGACGCAGGAAAACGAGAGGAAGAAGGGAGGAUGGUGGGUUUGUUAUUGGGUGACGUAGACUUGGUCGUUUUGUAAUUGAGGUAAAGCCAAGGAGGGUUGAACUGGACUGGACUGGACUGGUCCGUGGAAUGAAUGAGAGGGGUGGACUCAGUAUAAUUGGUUGUUUACUUGGAAACACAUGUCAGUGGGGUUUGGCACUUUUUGAAUUGGGUAAACGUUUGAUGUGGGAUAUGUUUGACCCUGCUCUGUAGAUGUACUGCCCGUGACAUUUAAAUAUGACUCCACCUCAAUAGUUUAUAAUAUA